AUGUACUUGAACAACAUUCAAACGAAUGUGCACAAGCACUUUUCAAGUUACUCGACCAAGUUUGGCUGCGACAUGAGAAAGUGGCGUCCGAGUCUUGGUACCGAAGCUAAGCUCUCUUCCUUCACGACUGUUACGGCCAAUGCAAAUCUCUACGUCCACCAGUCUUGCACGAAAGUCUCGAGACUCAGGAUCAAAGUCAAAUGCACUUGUCAUCUUUUCAUCGGGAAUAGGACCGACACCGGGUUCCAAUUUACAUUAACCAUAAAAUAUCCGGGCUUACGACAAAAUAACGACACGCAGUGUUCCAGAAAUCGAACAGGGUAUAAACAUAUCUGCAGACGUAGAGCAACUAUAUUUGAUCCACAAAAGCUGGAACAUGUUUUCUGCCAGUUAAAUGGGACUUACGAUGAUAUAUCGUUCAGUUAUUCGACAUCGAGAAGUUUGCCGUUAGAAAGUUUACCGUUAGAAUUUGAAGAGGUCAGGAACGUAUCGGUGAGAGAGAUAAGGACCUGCGUCAACAACGCGACAACUUUCAAAAUUUCAGCCAGCGGCUUCCCGAGUCCAAAAUUUAAAGAUUUUGGUUGCACGUACGUAAACAAAAGCACCGUCAUUGGUGUUCGAAGCCAAAAAUUUUUCACCGUCGAGAAUGACGAGAUAACAUUUAAACUGCCUGGCAGUUACACGUGCUCCUGUUAUGUUUCCAAUAAACAUUCAGCCCUAAAUUCGAGCUACGUGAAUUGGGGGGAUGUCAUUCUGGUUGAGAACUGUGGACCGACAAACAUCAAAGUCGACAAUGCAGAUAGAUCAGCGAAUGAAAUUUCAGUAGUAUUGCCAUCUUUAACGCUCGUUGCAGUUUGGAUUGCAGUCAUUUCUGCGGCUGUUUUGUACGCGAGAGAGAGAAAAAAAAAGGAGAAGUCUAUCAGUGAGCUUAACUGUCAGAAAUAA